UUCUUGUUCGAGUUGAUUCUUGAUUGUAAUUUGGUUUGGUUUUGUUAGUGAGUGGAGUGAAAAUUGUGUCCGUUUACUAAUUUUCGAAGAUGGCCGAAUUGAAUGAAUCUAAUAUGAACUUUGCAGCGUUAAAGAGGGUCGAUCCUUACGCAAAAUGUCUACUAGAAACCGCUGCUCAUGUAGCACUAUAUAGAUUUGGAGAAGAAUGGGAAAAGACCGAUAUUGAAGGUGCUCUUUUUGUAUAUAGCCGUACAGGUAAACCUUUUCACAAUAUUUUGAUCAUGAAUAGACUAAACAUGAAAAACUUGGUGGAACCCAUAACAGAAGGUUUGGAUCUUCAGUUGCAAAAUCCAUUUUUGUUGUACAGAACUUCACAAGGUUCCAUUUAUGGCAUAUGGUUCUAUGACAAAGAAGAAUGUGUAAAGAUUGCAGCUAUUCUCACCAAAAUUGUUAAAGAAGCCUCUGAAAGCAAGUCUGACAAAAAAGGAAGAAAUGCCACAGAUGCAGUUGGAAAUAAUGUAGACAUUUUUUCAAUGUUGACAAAAGCGCAAGAGGAAUACAACUCAAAAUCCCCUCGUAAAACGCAACCAGAACCUAUAGCUGGAGCUCCACUAGAUAUGAAUUUUAAUUUUAAGGACACAAAUCCAACACCUCAAAGUGUGAUGGAUUUCUUUGCAAAGGCCAGUAAUGGAUCAAAGUUUUUACAAGAUCCUAGUGUGAUUCAACCGUCAGGUAUGUUUUUAAGCAGUCCUCGUGCAGGUCCUCCUCCAGGACUGACUCGCAUGCCAUCUGUUCCAAUAGCUAUACCACCUCCUCAAAAUGAUGUUAAACCAUUGCUGCAGCGCCUCAUGUCUAAUCCUGCUCAUAGUGUUGAACAUAUAGAAAAACAACAACGAGCAAUCACUCCCCAAAAUGACAUUGUCGGUAUGAUAAGAAAUGGAAACCAGCCAUCAUCUGUAAAUAACAGUGGUGAUAAAAGAAACAACCUCAGUUUUAAUGUGAAACCUAGCACAUCAGGAAACCAGAAUGAAAGUAAUACUUCAGGUAAUAUUACUUUGGCUCAGAAUCAAAUUGAAAAUAAUCUGGGAUUUUUAAGGAUUUCAGAUUCCCCUCCUGCUGUUGUACAUUCUCAGCAGUUCUUUAAUUCUAAAAUUACUCAGAAUCAGUCACCAUUGAUGUUUGAUUUACAAACUGAGUCUAACAUUUGUACUGCUGAAAAUACCCGACCUCUCUCAGCACCUACACCUGCACUGAUGCCACCAGUGAUGUUUACAUCAUCGGUGAAAAAAGACGAAGCUACAGAUGUUUCCACUACUACUCCUGUAGUUAUGGUUAACUCCAAUCCAGGUAACAAUUCUUACCAAUUCCGACCUGAACCUUUAACAAAAAAUCAACUUCUGCAGGCUGUGAAUCACUUACUGAAACAUGAUCCAGAAUUCAUUAACAAAUUGCAUGAAGCUUACGUGAAGUCCUUUGCAGAACUUGUACCUUAAUUUAUCUUUCAGCAUAUUAAGGGAAAUCAUCUAGCCACCUGCAUUUAGUAUCUGUUAUAUCCAAGGUACUAACAGCCUGUCUUAUAUGUAUUGGAUCUCUAAUGUAAAAACUGUUGUGUUAAAGUUAUAUUUAAAUUACUGUAAUUGACAAAAAAGGCUAUGUAUUUCUACAAAGCUGAUCUUUCAGUAAAACUUCUUGAAAGUAAUAAAUAAUCAAAGUGUCAAGAAAUUUAACAAAAGUGAGAUGUGGAAAUUUUAACUUUAAAACUAUCUCAAAUAAAAGGAAAUAAAGAGAAGGAAAUAAAUUAUGCAAUAUCUUGUGUGAAAAAUUAAUUAUAUUAUGACGAAGUCUUUAUUGAUAAAAAACUGAAAUUUAUAUGACAUUUUAAAAUACACAGAGUUUGUAAAACUAGGAAAUGUACAGGUACCCACUCUAAAUUUUAUAUGGAUGAAGAUAAUUUAAUUAAUAAAAAAGUGAUAAUAUUAUUUUGUUGUUGACAGAUUUUUAAAUCGUUUAUAUAUAUGAUCAUAGAUUGCUGUAUGUAGAUGUCAAAUUGCUAAGUUAUAUACACCACCUAGAUAAACUUAUUUAAAGAAUACGAACUUAUUGAUAGCCAAAUUCAUUUUAGUUAUGCCUAGAAAAUGCUGGCUGAUUGGAAAAAAAAUAAGGAAGAAUUGUUUAUUCAUUUCUUAAUCAUGGACAUGUUGUAAAAUAAUAUUGUAUGUAACAUUUCGACAAAUUUUAUAUAUGGUUUAUUGUUUGUGACACAGUUUAAAAUGUAGAAUACCUUAUAAAACACCAUGGUUUACAUGUGUCUCAUGUUGCCAUUAGGUCAACUGUAGAUUAAAUUGAAUUUAUAUGUGAAUGAAAAAGUUAUUUGAACGAUGAGGUUUUAAGAAAUUUUUAACGUAGAACUGGUUUCAAUACAUGAAGUAUUUCUAGGUGUCAAAAAUGAUUACUGUGAUAAACUAUGUCUAUUAUUGUAAGAAGAUAAGUUAAUUUCUAAGUUACAUUGAAUUGUGAUUUUCAGUGAAUGAUAUAUUUUAUUAACUUGAGUCCUGACAUUAUUAAUUUUAAAGUUUAUAUCUAGGCUACCUUUAUUGUAUUUAUAUUUAAUAAUUGUAUAACCGAUACAAAUAUUGUGUUACCUUUAUUGAAGCUGUUUAUUAGUGAAAUAUUUGUUUUAUACAUGAUAUCUAACAAUUUCUUACAUUACGAUAAUCUAUCAGAAUUUUUUCUAAUUGUGAAAUUUACUGCCAAAUAAAUAAAUCUGUUGCAAUA